AUGGAUGCAUAUAUAUAUCGUCUCAUGCGAUUUAUAUUUUUAUUUAUUUGUUUAAUUUUAUCAAUUAUUUGUUUUCUUAUUGUCUUCUUUUUUCUAUUCAAAAGUCGACAAAUUAAUUAUAAAAUUCUUCAAAAUCAUGUUAUUCUUGCUCUUCUCUUCUGUAAUUUUAUUCUUAUAACUACAGAAUUACCUAUUACUUUAGUUUAUUCUUAUUAUGGUCAUAUUCAACCUGAAAAUGACCAAUUUUGUUCAUUUUGGGUAGGUUAUAAUUAUAGUUUAUAUGAUAUUGGAUUAUUACUAAUUACUUUUGGAUCUAUUGAAAGAUAUUUUCUUAUAUUUCAUGAGAGAUUCAUACGUAAAUGGCGAUUUAUUAUUCAUUAUCCUCCAAUUGUUUUUUGUUUUAUUUACCCAUUAAUGUUUUACAAUUUAUUAGUCAAUUUUUAUCCAUGUGAAGCUGAAUAUGAUUACGAAUCAUAUGUUUGUGGAGGUGCUUGUUAUCAAUUUCAAACAAUAAUAAGUACUAUAGAUUAUAUUACAAAUAUAUUUUCUCCUGUAGUGUGCAUGGUUUUAAUAAAUAUAAUUCUUUUAUUUCGUGUAAUAUAUAGAAAACAAGCAAUGAAAAUAGCAAAUACAUGGCGAAAAAAUCGUUUAAUGUAUAUUCAACUUGUAUCAAUUUCAGUUUUAUAUUUUAUUAUUUGGAUACCAUUUUGUAUUAUAUCACUCAUUCGUUUAUUCUAUAAUCCAUUCUUUCUUCAAGAUGUAACAAUGUUAUUAAUCAAUUAUUGUCUUUAUAUAUGUCCACUUGCUUCACCACUUAUUUCACUUGUUGGUUUACCAGUAGUACGACAACAUUUAAGAAGAUUAAAAUUACAUAUACCAUGGGCUGGUCAUAUUACUGAAAAUCGUAUUAGACCUACAGGAAUAAUCGUUUUACGAACAAUGACACAGCAUCAUACUGUAUCUCGUCGACAUAAUGAUGAACAUCAAGUUUAA